AUGUUAAAAAGAUGCUACGUACUACCGAAACUGAACACAUUUGUGUAUAGAUCCCAAAGACAUAUACAAACUAAAGCACCCUUCGAUAUUAAUGAUACCGAUGAUCAAUAUAAAGAACUUAAUACAAUGUAUUCCGAUAUGUUCUCAUCAUAUCCAAAAAACUCUAUUUCUAAUGGUACCCCAACUGAAACAGACUCCUCAUCAGAAUGCGAUGAUUUAAACAAGGAAUUCCAAGAUCUGUUUCAGAUUGAUAAUCCUAACCUAUCUGGGCAAGAAUUGGAGCGUAAUGUUAAAUCUCCAGGUAGGUUCAUCUUGAAAAGUUUGUCAAAUAAUCCUUAUUAUAAUUUGGCAUUAGAAGAUUAUGUGUUUAGAAAUACACCUGUCUCUAAAAAUAUUACUCAGGAUGUCUUCCCUAAUCAUAGAUUGUUAUUCUACAUAAAUAAUAAAUGUGCUGUAAUUGGAAAAAAUCAAACUGUUUGGCAGGAAGUAUACCUUUCAGAAUUACAAAAACAGGGCUACGAACUAUUAAGAAGAUUAUCCGGAGGUGGUGCUGUUAUACAUGAUUUAGGAAACGUUAAUUAUUCCUUUAUUACUUCAAGAAAUGAAUUUCAUUCCAGCUUCUUCAAUGAGUUGAUAUUGAAAUGGUUGUAUUUGUUUGAUAAAACUCUACCCAUCACUCUAAAUAAAAGAAGUGACAUAUUAUUUGAUGGAAAGAAAUGUAGCGGAAGUGCAUUUAAAAUUGCUCAAGGUAAAGCAUAUCAUCAUGGUACAAUGCUCGUUAAUUCCAACCUUGAUAAUUUUCAUGGAUUAUUAAAACCUAAAGAUACACCUGGAGUAAAAUGGGAUAGUCCCAGUGUUGAUAGUGUGAGGUCUAACAUAUCGAAUAUUUCAUUGGAAUCAACUGAUCGUUUUGUUGAUAUUUGUAUUGAUGGGUUUAAAACUGAUUUUAAAGGAUCAAGCCCAAAUGAAAUUCCUGUCUUUUUCUGUAAUGAAGAGGAAACUAUCAAUGAUGAAAUACUCUCCACAAUAGAUACCUUAAAGAGUGAUAAAUGGAAGUAUUUUAGUGGCCCCAAAUUUGAUAUCGAAUUUCUUGAUAAGCAGGUCUUAAUAUCUUGUGAAAAAGGUAUGGUUACAAAAAGCAAUGUGCCUGGUUUAGAAGGGACACAAUUCAAGACAUUAUGGGAAGAUGAAGAAAUGCAUAGAAAUAUAUAUCCAAAUAAGUUUUAA